CAGCGACUGAACAGACAACGUUCGACUGGCAAUGUAAAUCUAAAUGUAAGUAAUUGUAGGUACUCGAGGCUAUAUAUCCGUACGCUUGUAACGAUAGUUGUGUAAGUACUCAAAAUUAACAAAAGAAGGUAGUUUCGACUGAUGUAGUUCGUAGUUCGUUGCCUGUCAUGAUUGACGAGUGCGCUUCGUGAAAAUGAACAACGUGCAGGUUGUUUUUAGCGUUCAUGUACCACUUCGGAUGGUGGUGCGACAAAACCCGAAAGACGAUCUAUUUGUGUUUGUUCGAAUGUAGUUGUUCCGGUAAACCCUUUUAAUCCAAUCAAAUGAUAUGAAUAGAAAUUUCAAAUGGAAUCAUUGAAUACAAAGCGGAAAUACAAAAAAUGUUUUCUGAUUCUGUUUGUUUGUUUGAAUCCUAGCCAAUCUGUCUCGUGUUUAAUAAUUGAAGAUGAUGCGGAAGUUGAAGUACUUAGAAGGUAAAGUGUAUAAAUAUUGUGUUAUUUUUGUUUGUUUCGGAUGUGAUCAUGGUGAAAGCUAUUUUUAAUACGUGCCAUAUAUUUAUAAAAAAUUGUAUAUAUUAGUGUUAAAUAAUGUGUUGUCCUUGUCGCAGAUGAUGAUAGUUGUGUUGGUGCUGAACACUAGGCUAGGCACUGGUUCAUCAUGUGUUUCUUGUUCAAAGUGCCGAAGGAUAGUUGCGAAAAGAGCAAACUUGUUCUUUCCACAAAGAGUGCUUGGCCGACAAAGACUAAGACGGGAUGAGAAAUACUAGUAUGAUCUGUGAGGUUGUAGUCGAGCCGCUCGAUGAGGGCAAUAAAAUGCUCAAAACGUAGUAAAAAGCAAUAGUUCCUA